CUCCCGAUGUUGUCAUCCGUCGAAAGGCUGGGAUCAGGAAGUUGACUUUUAAUGUACUGUUUUGGUUGCUCUCGUCGCUGUUCAGAUAUCUAAUUUACAAGUUUAAAAUGGGACUUUUUGGAAAAACACAAGAGAAACCACCGAAGGACCUUAUCAAUGAAUGGUCUCUCAAAAUCAGAAAAGAAAUGAGGGUUAUUGACAGACAGAUUCGAGAUAUUCAAAGAGAGGAGGAGAAGGUGAAGAGAUCAAUCAAAGAAUCUGCAAAGAAGGGACAGAGAGAUGUCUGCAUCAUCCUCGCCAAAGAGAUGAUUCACUCAAAGAAAGCCAUCAACAAGCUGUAUGCCUCUAAAGCUCAAAUGAACUCUGUGCUGCUCAGUAUGAAGAAUCAGUUAUCUGUAUUAAGAGUGGCUGGUGCCAUGCAGAAGAGCACAGAAGUCAUGAAGGCCAUGCACAGCCUGGUUAAAAUCCCAGAGAUUCAAGCCACCAUGGCAGAACUCUCCAAAGAGAUGAUGAAGGCUGGAAUCAUAGAGGAGAUGCUGGAGGAUACAAUGGAAGGGAUGGAUGACGAGGAGGAAAUGGAGGAAGCAGCAGAGGCUGAGGUUGAUAAGAUCCUCUUUGAGAUUACAGCUGGUGCGCUUGGAAAAGCACCCAGUAAAGUCACAGAUGCCCUGCCUGAACCAGUGCCGAUUGGAGCCACGGCAGCCUCAGAAGAGGAAGAGGAGGAAGAAGAAGAAGAUAUCGAGGGAAUGCAGUCCAGGCUAGCAGCGCUGAGGAGCUAAAAGACCCGUUCUUUCUCCUUGAGCUCUAUAGGCAUAGACGACAUAUCCUUACAUCCUCUGUAGCUUCUCUUACUCAUAAGAAGACUUAAGUUUACCACUAAAUUCAGACUUCACAUAAAAUGAACAAAGCUAUAUUGAUAGUGUAUUUUGAAAUAAAAAGAACUCUAUAUUACAUAUAAUAUAAACAGUGAAGUCCGAUGUUUAGUUGUUAUAUUAGCAGGUGGAUGGCCUUAUCAAAUGAUUCCCUCUUUACUUAAGCCCGCUUCAUUUCCAGAUAUUCUGACUCCACUCAUUUGGAUCUAUGUCUAUAGUUAAGCAGCUUGUCCUAGACUCUGUGGUGUAGUGACAUCAUAUCACUACAUAUCACUACGGUGCUGGUCGAAAUCGUUUGGUCUCGAGCCUUAUUUAGGCGAAGUGACUAGUUCUUUCCUUUAUCUGGUGAAUUGGUUUUUACUGAGUAGGACAACUUCAUUGAAGCCAUUACUUGUAAAAAAUCUUGUACAAAUACUGAAUAUAAAAAUGUACCUGUUUGCAUUGUUAUUUUAUAAGUAAACAGUAAACUUUUUAGCAAGUUAUAAAACAGGCUUUUGGAAAAUAAAGGAAUGGUUGUGGUCAAAAUCUGACUGGCUUUUACACACUAGGUGUUUCAGACUUUAAGGAGCUGAUCGCAUUUCUGUCUUUGUUUCUACUACUUUUGUACUUUUGUUAUCGUUUAAAUCCAGUUAUAUCUUUGUAUGUUAUUGAUUAUGAAUAUUUUGAAUACUCUAUGCUUUUGCUUUUAGAUUAAUGAAAUGCCUAAUGAUGUAAAUGGCUGACAAUUUAUGUUAUAGUUUCUUCAACCAGACCUAUGUUAUAUUUGAAGAUGAAUAUUUGGAUAUUGAAUACGAUUCUAAUAUGUCUACUUUCCAUACGAAACAACUACUCUUUAUGCAUUGUGGCUUUAUAAUUAGUUUUGGCAUGACCAAUUUCGUAUGGUAGGAUCCAUUAAUAUCUGAUUAUUUGGCAUAAAUUGUGCUCUCUGGAGUGAAAAGUAGAUGGAUUUUGAGCAGCUCCAGGCUCAGUAUGUUGACUCGUUUAUAAUCCCCUGAAUGAACCAAAUUUUGUUUCAUUUCAGACCUUUGCUGUUCCAUCCAUCUGCACAAAACUGUGUUUUGUAUAUUGGAAAAAUAUGAUGAUAACUCUAAUAAAAUUUUACAGGCAAAAA